UGCAUUCCUAUUUCUGAGAUCUUUCUCUCCUUCGUACUCCUAUCUAGGCUCUGUUGCUUCUUCCCACAAAAUUUCUCGGAUUCCCAGAAAAAAAAAGAAGCUAAUCUCUUGAACACCCAAACAGCAAUCUUUUUAGUCUUGUUGAGAAAGGAUCAAUAAUGUUGCGAUCUGCUGUAGCAAUUGCUGGAGUGAUUGGCCUUGCUGCCAUUUCGCAUCGUCAUCUUCUUCGUCAUUAUCUCACUUUGAGCAGAUCCCAGACACCCAAGCCUCGAUCGCAAGACAAGAACCAGAACAAAGCUGGGUGCACAGAACAAGGAGCGAUGGUGUUCAAUUCCGAUGGUACUGAUGUCCCACAAUGCUGUAUUUCGAAUGAUCGUUAUAUUCUUGAAAAAGGGGGGCCUAGAAUUCAAGCACAGGCGAGUUGGUGCAAUUCUAAUGAUUUUGAUGCUUUAGAAUCGAGAAAGAAAGUACUGGACGAUGUUAUGGAGACAUUAGCUGAUCCUAAUAAACACUUAGUUGGAGUGUAUGGCUUAGAUGACGAGAUCAAAGACAUUCUUCUUCAAAGAGUUUACAGAAGAAUCGAGAGAGGUAAUCUGUUUGGUAUGGUUGUUACAACAACUGUAAGUAGAUAUCCUGAUGUGAGAAAGAUUCAAGACGAAAUUGCUCGUAAACUAGGCUUCGCUUUUAAUAACAAGUCCAGAGAUAAAAGAGCCAAAGAAUUGAUUGAAAGGAUAAAGAACAAGCAAAAUAUUCUUAUCGUACUCUGUGAUCUGUACAGGGAACUUGAUCUGAGUAAGGUAGGAAUUCCUUGUGGUUCAGAUCAUGCGGGCUGUAAGAUAUUACUUACUUCUGCAACUGAACAUGUGCUAUCCGACCACAUGCAUACCGAGAAGAAUUUCAUGGUCUGACGAUUCACUUAAUGUAUAAAAGCUUUAAACUUUUGUUGAAGAGUUUCCGGAUCAUCUAUGUUGUAAGGGGCUUAUUACAUGUUUGCUCUCUUUUACCUUGAUAAGAUUAUGUAAUAUUAGCAUUUGUGGCUUGCGUUCUGUAAUAAUUUUGUUUAGUUCUGGGUGAAAGACUUGGAAAGUUUGUGUUCUAUAGUCAUAUUUUAAGGAUAUAUAUGUAAGGUCAUUGUUAUGGAAA